CUACAUCACUGUCCUUCCUUGUUCAGUGUGUCCUACAGAGGUCAUGGAUGUGUUUGCUCAGUCCCAAGUGUACUAUGACUGCGCCUCUUCUCCAGACAGUAUGGACUUUGGUCCUGGAGCAGAGCUGGCUGGCUCUGAGGAGGAUGAGCACAUUAGGGUCCCAGGAGCACCCCAUCAGCCGGGACACUGUCUGCAGUGGGCCUGCAAGGCCUGCAAGCGCAAGUCAAGCUUUGUGGAUCGCAGAAGGGCUGCCACCAUGCGGGAGCGUAGACGGCUGAAGAAGGUCAACCAUGCUUUUGAGGCUUUGCGCCGCUGCACCUCUGCCAACCCCAGUCAACGCCUGCCCAAAGUGGAGAUCCUCCGCAACGCCAUUCAGUACAUAGAGAGCCUGCAGGAGCUUCUCAGGGAGCAGGUGGAGAACUACUACAACCUCCCAGCAGAGGGCAGCUCUGAGCCCAGCAGUCCACUGUCCAGCUGCUCUGAGGGAAUGGCUGAAAGCAACAGUCCAGCGUGGCAUCAGCUCAAUGCAAACUACAACAACAGUUAUUCUUAUUCCAAAAUUGAUCAUUUGAAUGAGAAAUCUGCAGGUGCGUCUAGUCUGGAGUGUUUAUCCAGUAUUGUAGACCGCCUCUCUUCAGUGGAGACCAGUGGUGGACCCUCAUCUCUACGGGACGUGGUCAGCUACUCCCCUAUCAGCACUGACUCACAGCCCUGCACACCAGACAGUCCCGGUACCAGACCAGUGUACCAUGUUCUUUGAACUAUUUGGAUAUAAACAAAGCUGCAAAACAAGAAAUGAUCUGGGCAGAC